CAAAGUGUAUCAUAUCAUAGCACACCAUUCUAUCGCUUCACACAGAGUGAGAUAUAGAAUCACUGAAGAGCUUCCUUCAAUGGCGGUUUCUUCUCUCUCUGUUACUCCUCUUUCGCUCUCAAAUUCUUCCCCCUCUCUAUCUUCCAAGCCAAAGUUUCCAUCUUUGUGUUUUCUCUCUGGCAACAACACCACAUUGAGGGUAACAUGCCCAAAACCUCUGCACUCAUCCACUGUUGUUCAUGUUGCUACCGAAGCGUUGGAUUCAUCCCCUGAUCCCUUGGACCCACCUCCAGAAACCCUUGAUGAUGACUCUGACGCCACCACCUUUGAGGUUGGUGACUUGGGGACUCCUAGCACUUCAGCAAUUAGCAUUGGUGGCGAUGCAGAUACAAUGGCACCAAAGCAGAAGAUUAGAAUCAAGCUUAGGUCUUACUGGGUGCCCUUGAUAGAGGAUUCCUGCAAGCAGAUAUUAGAUGCUGCAAGGACUACCAACGCGAAAACAAUGGGACCCGUGCCAUUACCAACCAAGAAGCGAAUCUACUGUGUUCUUAAAUCCCCGCACGUACAUAAGGAUGCCCGGUUCCAUUUCGAGAUCAGAACUCACCAGCGUCUCAUUGAUAUUCUAUAUCCUACAGCUCAAACAAUAGAUUCUCUGAUGCAACUUGAUCUUCCUGCUGGUGUUGAUGUGGAGGUCAAGCUGUAGAGAUAUUUGCUUUUCAGGUUGCUAACUGUCUUGAAUUUGAGUGAGGUUCAACUUGUUAUCAAUAGCCAAAAUAUAUUGGCAGAUAUCAUGUGUUUCACUGCCUAAACUUGAUUUCUAAGAACAAUGCUAAAAGUCCUUUUGUUUGCUUUCCCUUUCUGUCUUCAUUAAAUUAGUUUAUCCCUGAUUUCCUGUUAUUGCUUAGAUAUUUGUAUAUCAUAUACAAUGUUAUGUAAUUCAGGUAUGCCACAAAAUUUUAUUUUAUUUUCCUGGUAAAUUAU